AGAAUGCAGAUUAUAUGCAUAGCAGAAAGCAAAUGGCUGGGUGGAGUAGGUAAAACUGCAGCUUGUUAAACAGAGCACAGCAGACAUAGCUACAAACAGAAGUGCUUUGCAGAACAAGAAGGAAAAUGAGUAUCUAUGAUCGGUUGUAAGAGGAUGGCACAACCAUCUGAUAUUCCUGGCAGUCUUUGUGUCCCAGAAGUAGGACUCUUAGCUGCUUUAAAAUGGAACAGAAAUUCAAAGGGACAAGGACAAAUAAGACAGAAGAUAAAAGACCUGCCUGCAUUAUUCAAGAAUGGAUUGAAUCUCAAGAAGAAACAUGCUGAUGUGCAGAUAGCAAACUUGGAAAAGAAUGCUGAUUCCAAUCUAUCAAAUUCCACAAGAAAGAUAUAUUCGGAGACCAUUUGCUGUGCAGGGCGAGCACUAAGGGAUAACUUUGUAUCACUGGCACCUCACUUACUGAAAGAUCGAAUAGCUGAUACUGGGAAAUUCAAGAGAAGCUCCGUGGGAUUUGAAAUGGUGGACUGGUUGCUUGAUCAAUGUUCAUUCAUCGACACUCGGACCAAGGCAGAAGGAAUCUGGCAGACUUUGUUAGAACUGGGAAUUAUAUCUUCAGCAACGAAAAGCCAAGAGAGAUUUGAAGAUAAAGAUAUUUUUUACCAGUUUUCAAACGAUGAAUGUGAUGUCCUAGUCUGCCCCUUUGGAAAGGACGAGGAAUGGAAAAAUGGUGCAAGACUGCUUGGGCACUUAGUCCCAUAUAUUCAAUCAAGAACAAAUCUGCAGAUAAUCUCUGAACAGAAGUCAGCGGAGGAGAAAAUAGUUUCAUCUGAUGAAGUCCUGCAAAUUCAGGAGCUUGCUCUUUUAUCAGCUACGGUGAAGAAGGAGCUGGAUGCUGCUAUUGCUUCAAAAACAGAAACAUCACCGUGCAAGGAAGAGAACAGAAGCCAAGUUGAUUUGAAAGACGCUGCUGAAAAUCUCAAGAAGAAUAAGGAUGGAAUAGUUUGCAGUGUAAGGGAGGGAGACGAUAUUGAUGGCAAUGAAUUAAUCCAAAAACAGUCAACUGUAGCUCCUGUUAUUCUGACAGAAGACGUUUACCAUGUUCAUGCAGUCACUGAAGAGAAUUUCAGCAGGAUACGGAAGAGUGAUGAAGUGAGUACCAUCCGAGUGAAAGAACAAGGCCGUGAUGUACUCAUCCUGCAAAAGGUGUCGUCAUCUAGCCCAGCCCCCGCAGCAGGGAGUGCCCUGAAUGAUUUGAGGUACGUGGUGGUGGCUGGAACCCCUGAAAAGAUUCUGGAGCAUCUGCUCAAUGAUAUACACUUGGAGGAAGGUGAAUGCAAAGAGACUGAUAUCUUGCUGGACGAUUUUCUUCUUACAUACACAGUCUUCAUGACAACCAGUGAUUUGUGCCAUGCAUUACUGAGACAAUAUUGUUCUCAGACACAUGCUGAAAAACAAGGAGUCUUGAAAAACAGCUUGUACCGAAAGCGUAAAGUUCUGCGUAUUGUGUCACAGUGGGUCUAUCUUUACAGGACAUUAUUACGAGAAGAUGAAAAUACUAAAUUGCUUUUUAAGAAACUUUAUAGGUGUGUGCUGGAUGAUCUUUUUGAGUACCCGAGUUUGGAGAAAGAUUUGAAAGAACUCCAGAGCCUGUUUCGGACACCUCGCAGACACACCAUUGAUGACUGUUCACCGCACAAGAAGAAUCCAACAAUUUUCAAUCAACUCAGUUGCAGAGAAAGAUGGCUACAACCUAAACCAUAUGAAGCUGAGGAAGUUUUUUGCCGUGUAUAUUUGGCAGACCAUUCGUAUGUUAGCUUCCGAACCAAAAUGUCGACAUCAGCACAGGACAUUCUUCACAGAGUGGCUGAGAAACUUCAACAGUGUGAAAAUGAUUUAAUUCUGGUGGCAGUCACAUCUUCUGAGGAAAGACAUAUUCUCCAACCUGAUGAUGUGUCAAUUUUCAAAUCUCUUCAUCCCACCACCCGGAUAUUUGUUUGUAGAAAAGAUUCCAACAACUGUUUGUCUCCUACAGUGGAAAAUGAUGAAACAUCACAAAGAGCCAUACAAGUUCUUGGAAUGAACACCUGGCAUUUAGCCAACAAACUCACCAAUUUUGACUGGGAUUUGUUUAACUGCAUCUGCGAGCAGGAACUGAUUUAUUACACUUUCCGCAGAGGGAACACCACUGCCAACCUUGACUUUUUGCUGCAACGGUGUAAUGAGGUUCAGCUAUGGGUCACGACUGAGGUCCUCCUCUGCAACCAGUUGUCCAAGCGAGUGCAACUUGUGAAAAAGUUCAUAAAGGUCGCCGCACACUGCAGGGCACUGCGGAACUUUAACUCUUUCUUCGCCAUUAUAAUGGGUCUGAACAGUGCUGCUGUCUGCCGACUAUCUCAAACCUGGGAGAAAUUGCCUGGGAAAUUUAAAAAGCUCUUCUCUGAACUUGAACAUUUAACAGAUCCGUCUUUGAAUCAUAAAGCCUACAGAGAUGCUUUCAAAAAGAUGAAACCACCAAAAAUACCCUUCAUGCCUUUGCUGCUAAAAGAUGUAACAUUUAUACAUGAAGGAAACAAAACCUUUUUGGAUAAUCUUGUCAACUUUGAAAAGUUGCACAUGAUUGCAGAUACCAUUAGACUGCUGAGGCACUGCAGGAAUAACCAGAUCAGUACGGAUGGUAGUCGGAAAGACCACCAAGAUGUGAAAACCUACAUUCAUCACUUGCAUAUUAUUGACAACCAACAGAUAUUAUUUCAACUUUCUCACAGGCUUGAACCAAGAACUUAAUGAUAGCUUCAUCUUCCUGUAAGAUUACGGUUGUUGAAAUAAACUGUGAGGAACUCGGACAUAUCAACUGUGGCGAACUGGCUUGUUGAGAGUGCUACGCAGGGGAUCUUUUGUCAAACCUCAGUCUAUGCACAAGUCAGUACAAGAGAUGAAAAACAGACCAAAUUACUUUCAGAUGAGAAAGUAGCAAUGGGUUUGAUGAGGAUUUCACCCUUGCGUAAAAUCAAAAAAUCCUGUUUCAUUAUCCGAGAUACAUUGACAGCAGUCAAGAAGCCAAGAAACAUUCUACGUGUUUGCUGAAACUAAGCAGAACAAAAAGGAUUGUAUUAUUUUCAAUCCACUUUCUGUUCCCAAAAAUGUCAAAGCACAGAUAUUCAGACUUACUUCAAGGCACUGUGGCCAGGAUCUUCGUCUCUGGCUUUAUGUAUGGCAUCAGUGUUAUGGGAUGGGCCUUGUUGCUGGUGGAUCAAUGUGCCACUGACGCCAGCAUUAUGUCCAGAAUGGGCCUUAUUCAGACUUGUUUUGACAGGAUUUCCACAUGUGCUUGAGUGCCAUGCAGUCAGUUUGAGCCAGAACUAAUAGCUGUCACCAAAAAUAAAUCAAUGCAACGUCACAAGGAUGCAUUCAACUGAGAACAUUAGAAAACAAAUAAUCUUGUGCUAUAUUUAGUGAUUACAAAAAACCAUUGGAGCUCAAAACUGCAGAUGCUAGAAAUCUGAAAUACAAUUUAAAAAUGUGAUAAUACUUGCCAUCACAUUAAGUUUAAAAGAUGAUUUGCCUUAGGUCUUGUUUGUGGACCUCCUCUCCUCAUUAUUAAAUGUGAGUGUUGUUAGCAAUCAACAGUAUUAAAUUAAAGGGUUCAAAGGUCAGUUUAUUGUCACAUA